CCUCCAAGCGCAACUUCAUCAAGCUCCACUCGCGUUUUCCAACACCCAAUUGCGCCUCCACUCCACCUUCAUCGUCCUCUCACGACACGCAUUCCGCUUCCCAUCACCCCUCUCCUCCCUAAAAACCCACACAUUUCGAAAAGAUGGCCCCGGUUGUGGAGCAGAGCGUCGACGACCUCAAGGUCACCGUCCAGAGACUGGAGGCGCGUAUCACGGAGCUCGAGGGGAGGUUGCAGGGUGGCUCUCCCUCAUCAUCGCCGCCAGGCGUGCGAAUGGUUUUGAUGGGUCCCCCAGGCGCUGGAAAGGGAACGCAAGCGCCAUCCAUUAAGGAGAAGUACUGCGUCUGCCAUCUUGCCACCGGAGACAUGCUGCGUGCCCAGGUCGCAAAGAAGACUGCACUUGGAAGGGAGGCAAAGAAGAUCAUGGAUGCCGGCGGUCUUGUCAGCGACGAGAUCGUGGUCAACAUGAUCAAGGACCAGCUUGAGAGCAACGCGGAGUGCAAGAACGGUUUCAUCCUUGACGGCUUCCCGCGAACAGUUACCCAGGCCGAGAAGCUCGACGAGAUGCUUGCCGCGACCCGCAAGCCUCUUCAACACGCCGUGGAACUCCAGAUUGACGAUGCUCUCCUCGUCUCCCGCAUCACUGGCCGUCUUGUCCACCCUGCCUCCGGCCGAUCAUAUCACAAGAUCUUCAACCCCCCUAAGAAGGAUAUGAUCGACGACAUCACCGGCGAGCACCUCAUCCAAAGGUCCGACGACAACGCCGAGGCAUUGAAGAAGCGACUGGUGACCUACCACCAGCAGACCGCCCCUGUCGUUGGUUACUACCAGAAGACCGGCAUCUGGAAGCCCAUCGAUGCUAGCCAAGAGCCCGGCCAGGUCUGGAAGAGCUUGUUGAAGAUCUUCGACAACGACAAGCUCGUCAUCGGCGGCCGCAGCGGAAGCCUGCUCAACAAGGUUGGCCUUUCAAACUAGACUUAUCACACUGGUCGGUUCUAGGGGCGGAUAAUGCAUCAAGAAGCUAAGAAAGCGGACGGGAACUGAUCGAAGUGGAUGCGCAUACCCCCAUUCUGUCGGAAGUCAUGAACGGCGCAUAUCUCGAUGGAAAUGUCAAAUGGCUCACGUUUUGAAAUGUGCAACGUAUGAAAAAGUGGGAUCACAUCUUCAAGAGAGGGCUUUGGCUGGCUGCACAUAACAGAGUAAAGGUGAAUGGACUUUUUUAUAUGAAACCGCGAAAAAAACUCCAUGUACUUGUAAAAGCGGAGCAAAUUUCUGGGCAUGGGCAAGGGGCUGGACGUGUUUUCAUAGUUGCUAUUUCUCUUUUUGUUACCCUUUUUGACCCUCCUCGCCAGAACUACUGUCUCCAACUCGGAGAUGUCUUGGCUUGUGAGGGAAGUAGGAAUAUAUCGUGUUCCUGCAACAUUCUUCCUCCGUCCGCAACAUGACUGAUGUCCGUUUCC